AUGCCAAAUCGUUAUUUCGUUCCUAUAGCUCAACAUCUUUUGGGGGAGCUCUUCGACAGUGAAGCUUUCUGCAAAGGUAACCGCAUGCGCUCAUUAGAGCAGCCAUCGUCCACCAAGUCUAACCUCAGCAACCAUCACACAAGUCACGACAUUGAAAAGGAUACAAAACUCCUGAAGCAAGACCAGCGCAAGUUGGAAGACCAACAUCGACGACAGGAAAAGAUUCUCCGUGGCCACAGGUCGAUCCGACAAGCGAACUCGAUCUUCAUAGGCACGAUCUCCAGCACCAACAAUUCUAUCGACAUUUACGACCAAAGGAUGGGACACAGUCCAGUUCUAUCUAAACCCCGUCAAUACUUAUUGAAAGCUACCGUUCGAACAAUGGCAUACCCAGGCGACGUCAUUCUUCCUCGAAUCCGAGAUUCAUCACUGGCCGAGAAGCACAAUGAGGCCGCUCCGAGUGCAUUAAUAUCAGGCAAAUCCAUUGACAACCGUCGUACAUAG